AUGCGGUUCAAAAACGGAAUAAUUAUAUUUUUUGUGAUAGCCAUUGUCGACGAAGUACUUUCAGAAAACCCAGAUUCAUCUUGCCUGGAGACCAAAUGUAAAACUGUUAAGUGUUCCGAUUGUGCUAUACUGCGCGCCGGACAGAGAAGUGAUGACUCUAUUGAAUAUAAAACGAUUACUUACUUUGAAUGCAGCGAUAAUUUUAGAAGGGUUGACAUAGUCCACGACCUAUUUGAUAAGUUACAGAAAAUCGAAGUAAUAAAAAUCACGAAGACAGAUGCACGGCGUUUGGUUGAAGGCACAUUUAGAAGUAGUACCACAUUGCGCGAGUUAUAUUUGCCUGAGAACAACAUUUCCAUCAUCGAUGAUUACGCCUUUGGCCAUUUGACUGCAUUGACUCAUCUUUUCUUAAACAACAACAAAUUGAAAAGCUUCAACUCCUUCAUGAUAACUGAAGCUUGUAAUAUCAAAUACUUGAAUUUGGGAAAUAAUCUUUUCGAAGAAAUGUUGGAUACUGCGUUAUAUAAUUUAGAAAGCCUUACGUAUUUAAAUCUUGACGGAAAUAAGUUUAAAAACAUCAGUAUGGGUAAGUUAAUAAAUAACCCGAAAACUGUAAAAGCUGUAUCAAUGUCUAACAACUUACUUACAUACAUCAGGUUAGAGUGCUUCGAUCCACUGAUUAAUCUAGAAUAUUUGAACUUGGCCUUCAACAAAAUCAGUUAUAUUGGUGGCGCUUUUCUCUAUAUGGAGAAACUGAAAACGCUUAUUUUAAGUUACAAUAACCUACCACGACUCGGCACAUUCGAUAUUCCAUUAAUGUGCCAUAGCAGUCUGGAAUAUCUCGCUAUUGAUCACAAUCUAAUUAUGUUCAUAGACUUGAAUGUGGUGGAUGAUUUACCCUUUGCAAAGGAAAUCGCCAUAAUGGGUAAUCCGUGGUAUUGCAACUGCUUGAGAAAUUACCGUAAAGCCCUUCAAGAACGCAAAAUACAAGAAAUAAGCGGUAGUGAUUACGUUAACACCAAAAGAACCGUUUGUUUUGAUGAUCUGACAGCUAACAAUAAGUGUUCUAUCAGUACGUCAAAGUUUGUAAGUAUCGUCCUAGAGGACGAUAGAGGACUUCCUUUAGAUACAAAUACCACUUCUUGUCACUUAAAUGAAUUCUAUUAA